AUGCAGCACUACGGGGUGAACGGUUACUCUCUGCACGCCAUGAACUCCCUGAGCGCCAUGUACAACCUCCACCAGCAGGCGGCGCAGCAGGCGCAGCACGCUCCGGACUACAGGCCCUCGGUUCAUGCCCUCACUCUGGCAGAGAGACUGGCUGACAUUAUCCUAGAGGCCCGGUAUGGAUCCCAGCACCGAAAGCAGCGGCGCAGUCGGACGGCCUUCACCGCCCAGCAGCUGGAGGCUCUGGAGAAAACCUUCCAGAAGACCCACUACCCCGACGUGGUGAUGCGAGAGCGCCUGGCCAUGUGCACCAACCUGCCCGAAGCCCGAGUGCAGGUUUGGUUUAAGAACCGUCGGGCCAAGUUUCGCAAGAAGCAGCGCAGCCUGCAGAAGGAGCAGCUCCAGAAACAGAAGGAAGCAUCCGGAGCUGCUGAGGGCUCUCCAGAGGAUUCAAAGUCUGACCUCACCACCACCACCACCAACACCACCAGCAGCAGCAGCACCACCACCCUGGUACCGGAGGCCCGAACUCCUCCUCCUCCGUCCUCCUCUUCAUCCUGCCACUCAGAGUCAGAGAGGCUGGCAGCAGCAGCAGCAGCAGCAGCAGCAGCAUCUCGGCCUCAGCCCGGAGAGAUGAGCGUGGAAGUGAACGUCACCUCCCCCGAGCCGUCGGACAGCGAGUCAGCAGCCGAAGACAACGCUGACAGGGAGGAGGACGAGAUGAGAGGGGAGGCGAGGGUGAAGCUCAUUGAGGAGACGCAGGGGGAGGGAGGAGCGCCGGCGGGGAGCAGCUCCCCGUCCUGCAAACGUCUGAGCCCCACACCAGACUCUCCCCUGAGCUCUCCAGCUUUGCCGUCCUCCAGCAGCGUAACCAGCGGUUUGGCUCAGAGCAACUCUUACGCCUCGUCCCCCCUCAGCCUCUUCCGGCUGCAGGAGCAGUUUCGGCAGCACAUGGCCGCCACCAACAACCUGGUGCACUACCCAUCCUUCGACAUGAGCACGCCGUCCUCUCUGCCCUACCUGGGCAUGAACGUCAACAUGCCUUCCCCGCUGGGCUCGCUGCCCUGCCAGUCCUACUACCAGACGCUGUCGCAGGCCCAGCAGGUGUGGAACAGCCCGCUGCUGCAGGCGGCACCAGGCAGCCUCCCGGGAAGCCUCAACAGCAAGACCACCAGCAUCGAAAACCUCCGUCUGAGGGCCAAGCAGCAUGCAGCCUCGCUGGGAUUGGACACGCUCCCCAACUGA